CUGGAUAUUACGGUCUACAGUGUAGAUCUACGUGUACUGGACACUGCAGAGACAACCUGUCCUCUAAUCACACCACUGGACAAUGUGACUAUGGAUGUGGCAAUGGAUGGACAGGAACACAUUGCAACACAGAGUGUCCUGUAGAAUCAUACGGUCCGGAUUGUAUGUAUAACUGUAGUGGACAGUGUCUGAGUUACCUCCCCUGUAACAAAACAACAGGAAGAUGUAACGGAGGUUGUAAUCCGGGAUAUACCGGGAAACUCUGCGAUAACGUAUGUUCAGUUGGCCGGUACGGAUUGAAUUGUUCAGUGAACUGCAGUUCCCAUUGCCAAUCUGAAAGUAAUCAUUGUAACCAUAGAGACGGACAUUGUGAACAUGGAUGUGACGAUGGAUUCCAAGGAAGUAAAUGCAAAGAAAUUUGUGAUGAUGGCUGGUAUGAAGAAAACUGCUCUGCACGAUGUAACGAGAACUGUGUCAAUCAGUCAUGUGACCAUAUCACGGGUAGCUGUACAUACGGAUGUAAACCGGGAUGGAGGACUCUCAACUGCAAACAGAAAUGCUCCGUGGGAACGUACGGCAAAGAUUGUGGAAAUCACUGCAGCGGUCAUUGCAGAAACAUGACAUGUAAUCCAAUCAAUGGAUCGUGUCAGGGGGGCUGUACAUCGGGAUACUUGGGAAGUUUAUGCAACAAAUCAUGUGACGAAGGAACAUAUGGACUCAACUGCUCCCAGAAUUGUUCUCAGAAAUGCCUUGGAAAAUGUGAUAAUGUUGACGGAUCCUGCACGUGUUUCUUUGAGUUGAGAGGGUCCCCUGACUGUAGUGAAAAAUCUUCGCGAUCAGGGGGUUCUGGAGCACAGUCCGAUACGACAGACUCUGGCGCAGUAACAGGAGCCGUGGGAGGGGCUGUGGGUGCAGUGGGUCUUAUUGCUGUACUCAUCACAGGGAUACUGUUUAUAAGAUGGAGAAGAAAGAAGGAGAGAAAGCAUGAAGAUACGGAGACGGUAACAUUUUCUUCUGUCCCAGAAACGUUACCAAUAGGUAAUUCUGCUGCUGUAAACGAUACCUACAUGUUAAUGAUAUCAAGUUAGAACUGGGCGCCACCAGAUAACUGAAAAAGUUUUGAGUGUGGCGGAAAACAUCAAUCAAUCAAUCAGAGACAAAUAAUCAAUAUUAACGUAAUUAUGUUGUAAAUCUUUGUGUUUUGUAAAUCCAUGAUUUUGAGAAGAAAUUUUGAGUACAGGCAAAAUUAAAUCUUGUU